GCCCGCGCCGUCACCGGCGGCCUCGGGCUGCAGGGCAAGACCGCGCGCCAGGCGGCCAAGCUGAUCACCGCCCUGAGCCGCGCAUUUCUCGACACUGAUUCCUCGCUGGCCGAGAUCAAUCCGCUGUUGAUUACCGGCGCCGGCGACGUGCUGGCGCUCGACGCCAAGAUGAAUUUCGAUUCGAACGCCCUUUUCCGCCACUCCGACAUCGCCGAGAUGCGCGAUUUGGAGGAGGAGAACCCGCUCGAGGUCCGGGCCAGCGAGCAUGGCCUGAACUACAUCAAGCUCGAUGGCAACAUCGCUUGCAUGGUCAACGGCGCUGGCCUGGCGAUGGGUACCAUGGACAUCAUCAAGCUCUACGGCGGGGAGCCGGCCAACUUCCUCGACGUCGGCGGCUCGGCCAGCCAGGAGGCGGUCAAGAGCGCCUUUCAGAUCCUGGUCUCCGAUCCGGCGGUCGAGGCGGUGUUGAUCAACAUCUUCGGCGGUAUCGCCCGCACCGACCGCAUCGCUCGCGGCGUGGUUGGCGCUAUCGAGGAGCUUGGCGAUGUCACGCUGCCGGUGGUAGUACGACUCGAGGGCACCAACGUCAAGGAAGGACGCCGCGUGCUGCGCGAGGCGGACUUCCAUUUCAUCGUCGCCCAGCACAUGGCGGACGCUGCCGAAAAAGCGGUCACGGCGGCCAGAGGAGGCGAGUAA